AGUGAAAAUAAAUAUUACAUACUUAUUUUUUUUUUUGCACUCUCUUCUUUUUGCACCUUUUUCAACCAAACCAUGUCUCAUCCACCGCAUGUCAUUGGAGAACUCGUUGUAGUUGCCUUGAAAGCUGAAAAACUUCAACAUCAGGCUCCUGCAAAACAAGACCCGUUUUGUCUAUUUCGAAUUGGAGAUAUCGCCAAGCGAACCAAAAUUGAUCAUGGAGGCGGUCUUUACCCUAUUUGGGACGACCAGGUAAAUAUGCCAGUUACUGCUGGUUACCAUCAAAUGCAUGUGCAGAUAUUCGAUAAAGACACUAUGCCUAAUAAUCUUAUGGGUGAAGGCAUAGUAGAUCUAUCCAAAGUAUUACGAGAAAAAGAACACGAUGGCUAUUUUCCAUUACACUAUAGAGGAAAACAAAACUGUGGUGACAUUUAUCUCGAAUUAACCUUUUAUUCAGCCCAAAAUACUGCAGUAAGACCUCAACAGCAAGUGAGAUACCCUGCAGGUCAACCCUAUCCUUACGCUGGACCUCCUCCUCUUCAGCAACAGCAACAUCAGCAUCGACCUCCUCCUCAGCAACAUCGACCCCCUCCCCCUCAACAGCAACAGCAUCGACCUCCUCCUCCUCCUCCUCAACAACAACAACAACAACAGCAUCAUCAUCAGCAGCAGCAAUACCAUCCACCUGUGCACCACCAGCACAGACCUCUCCCUCAAAGACCCCUUCCUCCUCCACAACACAUGUCUCAGCACCAAAUGCACAGACCACCACCACCACCACAACAAUUGCAAAGUAGGCCUUCAAUGGUUGGUCCACCACCAUCACACCAUAGACCUUCAAUGGGAGGACCACCACCACCACCACCAUCACAACAUAGCAGACCUCCACCUCAUUUCCCUCAGCCUUCAUCGUCUAUGGGUACACAGCACUUUUCUCCUGGUAUGCCAUCCCCACAACCUUUAUUGUCUGCCGCCUAUAAUCCCGCGCCCACUCCUAGACCUCCUCCUCCUCCCCCAGGAAAUUACUCACCUUAUCCAAAUACAGGAUUUAAUGAACAAAGACCAAUGUAUUCUCAUCCACCCGCUCGACCUAAUUAUAAUCCACGCCCUUAUCCACCUUAUUAGCUAAUAAACUUUUUCAUGUGUGUAACUCUAUUAAAAA